AUGAUGAGGUUGCUGGACAUCCUGAUGACCAUCUAUCCUGACAUCCCGAAUGCUGCGGAGGAUGGCGCUGUCGGUGAGGCGACUUUGCACACGGUGGCAGUCAGCGACGCGGCGAUGGAGGUGGAGAGCUGCGACAGCGCCUGGAGCAUUGCGACUUCUGAGGUGCCGCGCCCCGAGAUUGCGGCCCUGCUACGCCGGGCAUUUCCCCGGGAGCUGCUGCUGGUGGCCCGAGAUGGAACGGCUGCUCAGAUGCGGAAUCUGCAGCAGGAAGAAGAUGCCGGACUAAUCGCGGAGGAAGAGGACUUUGAGCUGACCGAUGACUCUGGGAAUGGAGCCUUGGACUAUGCCAUCCUCCGAGAGGAUGCGAGCAUGGAGUCGUGGCUCUGCUCCCGUGGCGCACGGUCGCCAAACGGACGGGCGAAGCUCCAUCGCCAGGCUGCCCAGGCUGCCCGCCGGGCCCAGCGGACGGCGGAGGGGCUGGACGUGUCGCUGCAUUCCCUGUCCUGCUCAAGCCGCUGA